UCCCCCGACGUCACGACCCGUAGCGCCUUCAAGACGUACGACGUAAUGACGCAGAGGCGCCCGCACUAACGGCGUGCGAUGAUGGUGGAGCCGAGCUCCGAGUUUUGGCUUUACCGCAUACUGCGGAAAGCCGCCGGGAUGGUUGCACACCUUCUGUGUCUGGGAUUCACUAUCGGGAUCGGGGUGGUCAGUAGACCGGGGACGAGUCUAUUUUCGUGGCAUCCAUUCCUGAUGGCUCUUGCUUUUUCCUUCAUUAUGACUCAAGCCAUUCUGCUGUUUUCUCCAGAGAGUUCCCUUAUUUUGUCCUACUCAAGGAAAAUUAAAGUCCGAUCCCACUGGGUGCUGCAGGGGUUGGCCACUGUGUGUGCCAUCUUGGGCUUGACCAUUAUCAGCUAUAAUAAAUACCUGAAUGACAAACCACAUUUUACUAGCUGGCACGGUUUGAUCGGGCUAGCAACUGUCCUAUACAUUUGCGUGCAGUCUACUGGUGGGGUGACACUGCUAUAUCCCAAACUAAUGAGGAAAUGGUCUCUGGCCAAACUGAAGUCAUAUCAUGCUACCUCUGGAUUGGUUGGCUACCUACUAGGCUGCGCCAGUCUGUUACUGGGCAUGUGUUCGGAAUGGUUCACAGGGACAGUGGCUAGUGUUAGCUGGUAUCUGGCCAUUUGCUGCCCAGUUCUGUUGGCAUUGGUCAUCAUGAACCAAAUUACAAAUGCCUAUCUGAAGAAAAAGAGGAUACAGCCUUAAAUACUCUUCCCCCCUGGCAGCAGCUGCUUAUUAGCUACUCGGACUCUUUUUAAUCUGUAAUUCUACUACAGAAGUCUUAAAACCAACUUCAGUCAGUGUGCAGAGAUUCUUGUCAAUGCUGGUGAUUGAUGAUGAUGUUGAAACUACUGGUAAAUCAGUCCUACUCCUUGAUUCUGCUGGCAAAUGAAAAAGUGGACCUGACGAAAGACUGGAUUGCUUUCCAUCUCAUCUGAUGUUGCUCUUUUAAAGUGUUCCCCUUUGACUGGUCAGCACAGCAGUGAUAGUGCUGGCUUACUUCAGUCCAUUCUCACUGACUGAAGUCCAAGAGAAUAUUCUGUAAAUGGAAACAAAUGAGACAAGAUGUUGCAUGAAACAGAGUUGAGUGUUAAAGCCAAAAUCUUCUGUUGUUGUACUGUAUUUAAAUGAAAGCAUGGUUUCAUCUCACAUUAAGAGAUUAAUUCUGAUAAUCUAAAAUAAUUUGUAAUGUACAAUUUAUAUCUCUGGUUAUUCACAAGCCUUCAUUCAUUUCAGUAGAAUUAUUAUCCCUUCCACCAUAUGAGUUUGUGGUUCCCUCAUUGUAGUAAUUUUCGACUAGAAGGAUGGUUAAUGUCAAUCUUGAUUGAGAUAAGCUUUUUAUUUAUUAAUGCAUACACAAUAUUAAGUGUGCUGUUUAACUUUCUACCUUCAUAUUUCAAAGUCAUUGCCCUGCAAGUAUUAAAUCCUGUGCGUCUUCUGUUGUUUUUCCGUAGUGUUGUGAUGUAUUGUGUGAACAUUUUGCUCCAGUUAGCUUGGAACAAAAUAAUAUUUUAUUGCUGAUUGAUCUUUUGAGCUGAGAGGAACACCUUUAUAACAGUGGUAUGUUCUAUCUAAAUGUAUUUACAGACUGCUACAUAACAUAUUUGAUACUCAGUUCUGUCAAAGUCAAUAGACAAAAUAUGGGCUAAAGUAGAUAAUGGUCCAUCAAAAUUAUGCCAUCUGCAUUAUGUUCAAACCACUGGUUUCACCACAUAGUCUGUCCUGACCGUUCUUUAGCUCCAGUAAAUUAUUUUCAGUUUAACUAAAAAAGUAAAAAAUUAUGUUAUGGUGAGACCAUUUCUGAUCAUGUGUGUGUACUAAUGUGUCCAUGUAAUUCUGUCUUCAAAAGAAUCACAUCAAUCACAGUGGGAAGGAAUUCCUUGCUUGAAUCCUUUUGACAGUGUUGUUACUCCCUUGUAGUAUAUUUUGUCUGGUUUAUGACAGCUGAGGUAGGACUGUAUUCAGAAAGUAAGGGAAUAGAUGGUUGAGAAGUACUGUCAUUACAAUUAAGUGAUUAUUCAAAAAGAAUUGUAACUGAAAAUAUAAAUUACCUUGAAAAUACCAAAAAAUCUUGAACGUACUGAUGAUGCACUCUCUCAUAUUUUUAUGUUGACUGACCUGAACCCCCCAAAUCCUCAGAUUGCUAAGGAGAGUUCUUCAGUAAAAUGGAUCUGUUUGAUUGAAUCUCAGUUUCCAACAGGGUUGAUACCAAAGCAUCCUAUGAUCAAAGGAGUUUCGAUACAGAGUUAUCAGGGAUAUACAGUUCCCAGUGGUAAUGAUGUGCUUAAUAAUGAUGCAAAGAGAUUCAGAUAUUUCUGCUCCACUUGUUGGAUUUUAUUGCUAAUUUCUUUGAUUUACUGAAGCCAUUUGUACUGUGCCUUGUAGUCAGUGUGCACACAAUAAAUGUCCAUCUCUCAUG